UAAGGACUGGGGCUGACUUCAUAUUUCUUGGGGGAAGAUAAGGAGGCCCGCCCUGGAAUUAUCUCGCCAUGACAUCAUCGUUGCAUCGUUGCCACACGGAGCCGCAGUAUAAGAAUCUCCCCACAAACGCAGCCUUACCCCAAGCAAAAUCACUAGAUCACCAUACUCUAAAUCGAUUCUAGCAAGCAAACCUUGAAUUCUUGUAUUUGCAAAUUACCUUUCCGUGCAAACCCUCACGAAUCUCCACAAGAACCUCGCAAACCUAAACCACAUAUCGCGAACACAGCCGAUUUUUCUACAAUAUCGAAAAGCGCAAAGCGACGUAACCCACCAACCACCAAGAUGUCGUACAACUCCUCCCAAACCUCCUACUUCGAAUCCUCGUCCUCGUACUCCUCCUCGUCCUCCUCGUCAAACGACCAGAACCAACAGCCCCCCCACACCCAAGAAUCCGGCCACCGCGCGGCCUUUGCCUCGCACACCGACCCGGAGGGCAACACCACCGUUCGCACCGGCCACCAGAACCUGGGCGAGGAGCCCGUCCUCAAAGAGAAGCGCUUCAGCACCUCCGGGCGCGAGCGCGAGAUGAUGUUGGCGGCGGGCACCCCCAUGGGCGGGGUCAACCGUAUUCAAGAUCUGGAUGAGUCGACGGGGGAUACUUAUUAAGUUUUUUGCUCGGGUUUCCAGUGGGUGGUGAAUGUGUUUUUAGGGGGUGGCUUGGCCGAGAGGUGGUAAUGUAUUCGGGAUGUGAGACACGUUCACUGCUGCGCUGUUAUUAUUGACUUGAUAAUAAGUUCUUGAUGAAUUAUAUGAUAUGAAUAUAUGGCUUGGAUUUUCUUUUUUGUGCUUUGGGGCGGG